UACCCUGGUUGAGUUAACCUGGUUAAGUUAACCCAACUAGUUUAGUUAUGCUACAUUAGUGAGUCGAUUGGUGUGAGCUAAGGCUGUGAGCUGACACGUAUAGCUAUAUAUGACCGAAUAGUUAGUCAUAGAAGGGCGUAUUAUUAUAAUAAUUAUAAGUAUUGUAUAUUUUUUAUUGUGUCUUUUGUGAUUAUUAGUUUUUUUAUUUAAUUAUUUAAUUAAAAUUAUUAUUCCGUUUUUAAUUUGUAUUUAUAUUUUAGCCCGUCGGAUGACGUCACAGGUCGAAGCGGGAUGGCGGCCUCAAGUUAAUCGACACUAGAUUUCGUCACGUGACGCUUCUUCUGGACGUUACCGCGACUCUCACCGGGGGCUGUCUGGCCGUCCAGGCGGUGACCGACCGAUGCCUUCGCCAUGAUGCCGAUCUGCGGCGCCCUGGUCGUCGCCCUGCUGCUGUCCCAGGCCCGAGGCUCCCUGAGCCCCUCCGAGGACGAGGGCGGCGGCGGCGGCGGCGGCGUCCCCUCCGAGUGGCUGCUGCUCCACGUGGUCCAGGGCCACAUCGGGGCCGGAAACUACAGCUACCUGCGCCUGAACCACGACGGCCGCAUCAUCCUGCACAUGCGCAGCCUCGCGGGGGACGCCGACCUCUACGUGUCGGACAAGACGCUGCGGCCGAGCUUCGACGCCUACAAGCUGCAGUCGGCGACGUGCGGCCGCGACGUGGUCGCCGUGCCCGGGGACUUCGCCCGGCCCGUGGGCAUCGGCGUCUACGGCCACCCGGCCCACGAGGAGAGCGAGUUCGAGAUGCGCGUGUUCCACGAUCAGACGGUCGCCGCGGAGACGCUCGACGACAAGGACUCGUACGCGUCGGAGGACGGGCGCAGGAACAGGAAGUCCCCCGAGGCCGAGGAGGAGGAGGAGGAGGACGACGACUUCCAGGAGGAGGAGUCCAUCUUCUGGACCAUUCUCAUCGGACUGUUGAAGAUUGUGCUCGAGAUCUUGUUUUGAAAAUUGUUUUCCCUUCAUCGUUUGUCUUUGAAUUUGUCUUGAGGUGAGAAAAAGGAAAAGAAAGAAAAUUCUUGUGAUCAAACUUUUCAUAAUCUUUAAAAACCAGAAGAAAUCCGUCUUCGCGGUCGACGAUCCGCCUGAAUGCGUCGCCGUAGAACCGCGACAGAGCGAUGCGGGGGCAGGCGUCUUGCUCAAGGACACAUCGCCUGGGGCGGGAAUCGAACCGCCGGGCCUCUGAUUGGAAAGUGUGUGUGUGUGUCCGUCCCCCCUCUGGAGAUGAAACGUUGAACCUCGUUGUGAUUUCUUUCUUUUCUUCAUCUGUUGCAGUUCAACCCAAAAGGACCAGAGGGGAAUAUUCCUCCAGAAUACACGAGUAGAGUCACUUUUAUGGUUCCUCCUCUUCCAUAAAUCUGAUUUAAAAACCACGUAGACACCAAGAACUAAAAACGUUCUUCAUCUAAACCGUCAGUGAAUUAAUCUUAAUAAAUUAACUUUAAAACAGGAGGAGCAUCUCUCCGUACGCGUCGUCUCUCGACUUCAAACACGAUCCGGAGGCGACUGACCUUUCGACCUCUCGGCCUGCGAGUGACGCGAAGCCGCUUUGUCUUCCCUCUGCGUGUCAACACGGUCACCGGUUAGAGAUGAAACACGAGGUUGAGACCUGCGGGGCGGAGAGAGAGUUCCAUCUGGUUAUUGGGCGUGACGGUUGUCACGGUGACGGUUGCUGCCGUCAUGCUUCUGAAUCCACGGUGUUCCGUUUCCUUUAGUUUAGACUCCAAACGCGUGUCCGCUGCCGACCUGCGGAGCAUCAGUAGCAACGGGUCCUUUGGGUUUUGAUGGCUCACUGUUUUUUCUAAUUAUUGUAAUAAUUCAUUAUUAUUUAGUGGUUGCCUGUUGUCGCGCUCCUGAUUUUAAACCAUCCCCUCGUUGACGUUUCGGGGUUCAGUUACGAGGAAACUCGCUACCGCUGAGCAGAAAUGUUCAACAGUGCCUUCGGGGGAUCGCUCUCCUGUUUUACACAGACGAUGCAUUCAGGUUCCGAAAUAAAGCAGUUUUUUUUCCCGCAAGACUUUAUAAAAAAAAAAUAAUCCCAAACUUUC